AUGCUCCGUUGCCUCGCCUUGGCUCUCGUUUUGGCCGUCGUGGCCGUCCUGACCCAGAAUCCUCUCGGAUGCCCCGUUUUUUGCAAUUCGGAGGGUCCCGACGCCACCUACUGCAUGUCGAACAGGCCGUGAGGAGUCUGACCAUUUCUUGGAAGCUCCAAAAUGUCUUUUUCCAGGUUCAAGUCGGUCAAGAACAAGUCGUGCUACAACUUGUGCGUGCACAACUGCCAACUCGACGUCUGGAAGGCCCUUGACAGCAACUAUGCGUAAGCUCGUGCUCAUUGAAAAAUAACUGGCUUCAAGAAUUCAUCUGGGGUUUUCUAAAAAGUUCGGAAGAGAAAAUCGAGACUCUGUCGGUUCUGAAUCUCCUUUCCUUCACUUUUUUGUAGCUUUCAAAAAUCAUCACUUACAAAUGAUAUCAGUAAACUUAAGAGGGAGUUCAAAAUUUCAAGGUGAAAUUAUUUCCUUGCUUGAAAAAGGUUUCACCAGUAAUAAGUUCUAUUCUAAUAUUCAAAGGGCCAAAAAUUCAUGAACAUUUUUUUCUUACGACACAAGGAUAUUUUCACUUGGAUACACAAAAUAUUCUGAAAAUUGGUGAAAACUAAUUUUGCAGGUGUGCCAUCAAGAAGACGCCCGUCUACGGAAACAAUCCCUUGAAAAAAAGCGGCUGCGACAAACUUUUCUACCCCGCCUGGUUCUUCACGACCCCGCCGCCUGAAGAGUAA